CCCAGGCUGAGGUUUCUCACAUGGUGACCCACUUCCAACCCGACCGACCCACUUCCGCCCCGCCUCGACCCCAACCCGACCGGGUUUGCCGAUUCGACGCCCACAGCUGUCGCGGCCGCGGAUGUGUGCGCGACACGUCGUUCGGCACCAUGAUGAACACGAGCAAGUCCUCGAAGAUGGCGUCCUUCAGCAGUGGGAUCAUGCUCUCCAGGAGCGAGGCGCAGCGCCAGAAGGGCGACGAGCUGCGGAUGCGGGCGGCUGGCAUUGAUCCGACCAAGAUCGACGAGCAAUGGCUCGGAGAGGUGAUGUCGAAGCGGCAGAAGAAGGAGGUAAAAGUGGAUGAAGAGAUGGAGAAAUUGAAGCGCCUGGCCGCGGAGCUGCCCAUGGAGAAGAGCGAGGUGGUGAGCAAGAAACCCGAGCAUCGGCUCACGUGGCUCCACAAGGCCUUGGUCCUGGCGGCCAAGGGCCGAAUCCCUGCGCCACAGAUCUACGGCAUCGUCCAAUCCUCCAAGUUCACCUCCGGCGUGAGUAGCAAGGUUGGAUUGAAGAUGAAGGGUUUAGUCCUCGCCAAUCUCCACCUCUUCAAGAAGGAGCAACAGAAGAGCUUGCAGAAUGGCAGGCUGAUGGACUUCUCGAAGGAUGGUGGUUCUGGCAGUGAGGAAGAGAAGAAGAAAAAGAAGAGGAAACAUAGCGAUAGCUACAGCAGCGACGGUCGCGGGUCCCGCGGGUCUCGUGGGUCGCGCAGCCGCGACCGCAGUCGGAGCCGUAGCCGCAGCCGUCGGAGCGACAGCCGGAAGAAGAAGAAGCGGAAGAAGGACAGAUCAGAGGAUGAUGAGGAUGAAAAGCAUAAAGAAAAGGAGAAGGAGAAAGAGAAGGAGAAGGAGAGAGAGAAGGAGAGGGAGAAGGAAGAGAACCACGAAGGGAAGAAGAAGAAGAAGGAUAAAGCCAAGGCCGAGAAGGCGCCCAAGGCCGAGAAGGCGCCGAAGGAGGCGCACAAAGAGAAACCAAGCAAGGAGGAGAAGAGCAAGAAGGAGAAAGCACACAAAGAGGACAAGGCGAAGACCGAGAAGGCCGAGAAGAGUAGCAAAUCCAAGGCUGCCAAGGAGGCGGCAGCCAAGCUAGCAGCCGCUCAGGAGGUCCGGGCGACCGCCCCCGACCUUCGCCGCGAGGAGCUCGAGAAGUCCAAGGAGGAGGAGGAUGCAGAGGAGCUGGAAGAGCACGAGGAGGAAGCCAGCUCAAGCGUCCAGGACCCGCAUCUGGACGAGCGUUUCCCUCCGCACGCGGCGCCGGCAGAUCAUGGACAUCAGCGUGUGGAGCGAGGCGCUCAGCAAGGCGAUGAGCAAGGUGCCAUGGGCACGGUGAAGAUGAAGUUGAGCGGUUGGAAACCUGCAUGCUUGCGAAUGUAGAGCUCCCGGACGUGGUCAAGAACUCCUUGGCCUGAAGCGUUUUGAUCUC